AUGGCCGAAUACGAAGCGCAACUUAGGGCAGCGGCACAGAGGGGCAACACGUCGCUUCUCAGCCAGCUCGUGAAGGAGCAGAAGGGCCUCAAUCUCAACGCCACCGACGGCCUCGGCAACACGGCCCUGCACUACUCGGCGCAUCACGACCACCCCGAAACCUUGGAGCUCCUCCUCGAGGCCGGAGCCGACGCCAACAAGCAGAACAACGCCGGUGACACGCCCCUGCACAAGGCCGUGGCCAAGACGUCCAUCCCCUGCAUCAAGGCUCUCAUCGAGCACGGCGCCAAUCCCAAGACGGAGAACAGGGAAAGGAAGACGCCAGAGAGGAUGGCCAAGACCAAGGAAGUGAAGGACAUCAUGAAGAAGGCUCGCACCACGUCUGUUCCCGUGAUCGAGGUCGACAAGGACAUGUUGGCCGAUGAGGGCGACUUCGACGACUAG